AUGUGGAAGUUCGUCCUCUUGUCGGUGUUGGUGAUGGUGUCAGCUGAGGAGAAGAAGGAUGACAAGAACACCUUCCAAGGCCAGAAAUUAAGCUGGAAAGACGAUGAUGGUCUUGAAGUCAAAAUCAUCAGACCAAUCGCUGCCGAGAAGUGUAAGAUCAAGUCCCAGGCUGGAGAUGAGGCCCAUCAGUACUACAAGUUGUCGGACAAAGAUGGCAAAGAGAUCGGAUCAAACUUUGGAGGAACUCCGUAAGUUAGCUGGUCGUCGGUAUAAUACGAAUUCACUGUAAAAAAGAGACUUUUGUCGUAAAAGUUGAAUCAGUUCCAUAGCGUUUUUAAUGCUUAGGUUAAUAUACAGUUAGGUUAUCCAAUAAAAUCAUGAUAAACCCUAUGAAAAGACCAAUGAAUAAAUUGUCACAUCUUCAGAUACGUUUUCGAACUCGGAGCUGGACAAGUUAUCCCAGGAAUGGACCGUGCUAUGACCGGCAAGUUAUCAUGAUUACUCUCGAGACUGUCAAAGUCUUAUUUCAAUACUGUAUUCAACAAUAAUGUCGUAUUUUAGGAAUGUGCAUCGGAGAAAAGAGAAAGGUCGUCAUCCCAGGAAAGCUCGGCUUCGGAGACAGUGGCAGAGAACGGUAGGUUAACCUGAAAAGGCACGACCCCAACAUUUUAAGCAUAUAAAGACAAUGAAAAGAUUAAAAUAAGUCUAAUUUCAGUGACAACAUUGAGUCCGACCAAAUCCUGUACUACACCGUCCAACUGGUCGAUUUGGUUCGCCCUAACCCAGGAGAAGAGUGGACCACCGAGGAAGGAGUUCAGAUCAAACAAACUCACAAGAUCGAAGAAGACAAGUGUCGCAAGUCAGCUCCAGGAGAUACCAUCCACCAACACUACCGUCUUCAUCUCGCCGACGGCACCUUCGUGGACUCGUCCUUCUCCAGAAACUCACCUUUCAUCUUCAAGUUGGCCGCCAAGGAGGUGAUCAAGGGCAUGGACAUUGCCAUGACCAACAUGUGUGAAGGAGAACGUCGUCAUGUUGUCAUCCCACCCAGCCUCGGCUACGGCGUCGACGGAAGACCUCCACAGAUCCCAGGCAACUCCACCUUGUACUUCGACAUCGAACUCCACAAACUGAUCAAGAGAGACGAACUUUAA